AUGUCAGCCCAAAAGGACAGAUGGGUUUUUUCCUUCUCUUUCCUGCUUUUCUGUGCUUCCUCCAUCCCGAUGCGGGGAAGUGCGAGGCUGCUGCAGGAGCUGAGCCCCCAGGAGUAUUUCAGUAGCUUGCAAGCCGGCAGAGCAUCCCUGGCUUAUUUCACCCGUAAUGUUUCUCCUGGUGCCCAGCCCUUCUUGGAGCAGAUUGAGAACUCGGCCGAGGCCCUCCAGGACUAUGGCAUUUCAGUGGUGAAGGUUAAUUGUCCCAAAGAGGAUGUCUCAAGAUACUGUGGAAAAGAGAAUGCAUUAAGGAAAGCCUACCUGUUCAGAGGUAACAUGCUGAUCAGAGAGUUCCCCACCGAUGCCUUGUUUGACGUGAACUCCAUUGUUGCUAAUGUUUUGUUUGCCCUGCUCUUUAAUGAAGUUAAAUAUGUUGAAACACUGGCAGAUCUUCAGAGCAUUGAAAAUGCGUUGAAAGGGAGGUCGAACAUGGUCUUUGCCUAUGUACCAGCUACUGGGACAGCAGAGCACAGAGCUGUGAUGGAGGCAGCUUUUGUCUAUGGGACCGUCCACCAGUUUGUUCUGACAACGGAGGCAACGCUGUUGAAAGACACUGGCAAUGAUAAGUCUGAUGUGUCAUCUGCUCGUCUGUUCUUCUGCCACUGCCAGCGGGCCACAGACUUGGGGCAGCCCUGCAGGAGGACAGCCAUGGGGCAGACUCUGACGAUGCUCAACAUCCACAGGCACCUCAAGCUCAUGGGGGCUCCUCUGGUGACAGAGGUUGCUGAGGACCCAGAGAAGGUUUCCACCGUUCACUUGCAGCUUGGGCUACCACUUGUGUUCAUCCUUAGCCAGAAAGAGACUUACGAGGCUGACAGGAGGACAGCAGAGUUUGUGGCCUGGCAGCUCUUGGGGAAAGCAGGAGUUGCCCUUUUGUCCAGGGACCUCGUAGAUUUGAACGUUCUGCUCCGGUCAAACGUCGCUCUCAAGACACCAGAUGAGGGAGUGCCAAUCAAAUACCUGGUCUUGGAAGAUACUGAUGAAGUUAUAACCCUGGUGGAAGAUAAGAACAAGGUCGAACAAAUCCAGGAGGAUGAGGAGGAGGAUGAGGAAGACGAGGAUGAAAAAGAGAAUAACAAUCAAGACAUUCAGGAUGAUCAGGUGGUGGAAGCAGUUUCCAGGGACAAGAAGCGAGAGCUGCCCCUGGAACAGAUCCUUGUUCUGACAGAGGAGACCUUCCACUCUGCCCUCCUGGAGACUGCCUGGACAGUGGUACUGUUUUAUGCCAGCUGGGAGGCAGUGUCCCUGGCAGUGCUGCGGUCUUACACCGAGGUGGCCGAUCACCUGAAAGGAACUCAGGGGGUUUUGCUCUCUCGGGUAAACUGCUGGGACUGGCCUGGCCUUUGCACAAAGGAGAAUGUCACUCAGUUUCCUACCAUCAAGAUUUACGAGAAGGGAGAACGAUCAGUGAUGUACAAUGGCAUGUGGGGAACCGAAGAACUGACCAGCUUCAUCAUGCUGAGCCGAGUUUCCUGCCCUCUGAAGCUGGCCACAAUUGAUGAAGCAGAAGGAUAUUUAAGAGGAGAGUUUCCAUCUGAGUUGUCAUCCUAUCACCACACUUUGCUUCUAGGAGUAUUUAGCACAGCCACGAGUGAAGCCAGGGAAGCUUUCGAAGAGGCAGGAAACAUCUUAAGUGGCCAUGUAACGAUGGGGAUGUAUUUUGAAGAUGAUGGCUUGGCUUUAUCCCGUAAAUACGCGGUGUCUCCCCCAGCCCUCCUCCUUGCCAGGAGCAGAGGUCGGAGCGUGGAAGGCAUCGCUUUGUCCAAACAGAGCGCGCAGGACAUGGUGCAGAUGAUCAGAUGUGAAUUGCUGGACAUUUUUCCAGAAAUCACCGUGCAAAAUCUGCCCCGCUACUUGCAACUCAGAAAGCCCUUCCUCAUCUUGUUCAGCGAUGGUGACAUCGGUCAAAUGGAAAGCAAGGAAAUGCUGAAGCUGGCAAAAGGAAGACCCCAGCCAGCAUUUGUGGCUUGCUGGUUGAACUUAAAGAAGACUCCAGUGGGACACGGGAUCUUGAAGGCGUAUUUUGCCACCAUGCCUUCGCUGCCUGUUCUCAUCUGGGUGAAUCUUCAUGCCGGAGGUCAGGUAUUCAAGUUCCCAUCAGAGCAGUCCAUCACUGAAAUGAACAUCUUGUCUUGGCUGGAGAAGCUAAAAGCAGGACUGGAGAUUCCCAGCAGUACCUUGUCUGACGAAGACUGGAAACCACCUCUCCCUGCUUACGACUUCCUCCAGAUGAUGGAGACAGCCGUGCCCGAGCUCCCCCUCCACACCUCCCACCGCCGCGGGGACACGCCGGAGCGGCACCUGCCCGAAAGCCCAGGAGGGGACACUGCUGUCCAGGAGGAGCCGUCCCAGGAGACCAACGCAGAGAAAGUCGGGUCCCCUGGGAGGGACCUGCGGGGGACAGCCCCGAGGCUGGCAGCAAGGGAGAAGCAGGGCAAGAGACAUAGCGAGCUCUGA